UUCAAAAGAGUAUGUUUAAUGUUUAUUACUUAUUCUCGAUUGGCCGAAUAAAUUUGCAAUCGCUAAAAGCUGACUGCCAUUUGAUAUUACUUAUUUAAUAUUUGUCAAUUUGUCAUUAACAUAGUUAAGAUAGAUGAAAGAGUGCUAAUCUCUAGAAUAAUCAAUUUGAAAAGGUUUUCGAUCACUAAACAUGUUAAAUUUGAAACGGUUUUCAAAAAUCUCAUCUGGUGUUAAACUUCAAUUUGGGCAACCUACUUUAGCUAAUAAAAAAACAUUGGGCUAUAGAUUUGUUCAUGCAGAUUCUUCGAGUUCUAGAAAAUCAAAUGUAGGAAAAUAUGCACUGGGAACGGUAAUAUUUGGAUUUAGUUCCAUUGUAGUUUAUGCAAAAUAUGAUUCAAAAUUUAGACAGUGGUUAAAAUCUAAUGUUUAUGGUUCAGAGGAAAUUUUAAAACUAUUAUUAUUUGAAGAUAAAAUCAUACAUGAUAUACCAAAUAAUGUAAAACCCAAUUUUAGACUAGAUCUUCCAACUAUUAAACAAGAUAUAAAUGUUACAAAACCAACAUCUUUAAAACUUGAAUCAAAAGAAUCACAAACAAUUUCCACAAAAACGGACAAACCAUCAGGAAUUAAUACUGAAAAAGAUAAAUCCAACAUUACAAAAAUAAGAAGUGAGGCAACUCUAUUAGUUAAUGAAGUUUCAAAUUCCUAUUCUGAAGCAUUAGAUGCAUUUAAAAAUUAUUAUGAACUAGUAAAUGGAAUUGUUAAUAAUGUUUCUAACAAACACAAUACUAUCAUUUUGAAAAAAUUACAAAAUGUCAGUUUGGAAAAGGAUGAACUUUGUCAAACUGCUAAAGUAAAUGCUCAAGAAGCUAGGAAGCGUUUAGAUCAAAUACAAUAUUCAUUGGAUGAUUCUAAAAAUAAUUUUACGAAUGAAGAAAAAGAAACUAUUAAAAACAAUAUUUUGAAAUUAAAAUUGGAUAUUAAGACUUUGGAAAAGAAUUUUGAAACUGACAAAGAUAACUUAUUACUUUUUAAUAAAUAUAAUGGACAAGUUAUGAAUAUUAGAAAACAAUUCUCAGAACAAUUACAAUCAUUAUUUCCUCAUGUUAGACUUGACGAUAAAAAUUUGAAGUUGACAGAUGCUGAAUUUAAAGUGUUUGUUGAUUAUAUAACUAAAAAAUUAAUGUUUUAUCAAAAUGAAUUGUUCAAACAAGAGAUAAUUGGUGAAGAACAAGUGAAUGAUGUUGUUCGUGCAUUAAAAAAUGGUAAUUCUGAAGCCAUCGAUAAAGUCUUAGGAUUUCAAGUAGAAAAAAAUCGUAGAAGGCACAUGAAUAAUUUUAUCAAUGAAAGCUAUGGAUCAAAGGCAAAUAAUGAAGCCAAGUUCAAGGAACAAUUGAGAUUUCAAACUGAAGUGCAUAUGGAUCACUUAAAAGAAGCUGCCAAUUUAGCUGAAAAAGAAGUUGAACGUCGUGUACGUUUAGAAUACUCUGAAAAAGCUGAAAUUGAGAAGCUUAAAUAUAAAGAACAAGUUUUAAGCAUGAUUGCUGUUAUGAAUGGCAUAAAUGAUGCAGUAAAAGAACAUUCAAAAAACCGAGAAAAACUAAAUGAAUCAUUUUAUUUAUGGAAAGCCUGUCAGUCAUUAUUUGUAGCGAUUGAUACUGAUCAAAAUGAUUCAAAACAUGAAUUAAUACCUUUAAAAGAUUUAGUAAAUAAUAUAAAAAAAUCAGGAGGUGAAAACCAUAAAAUAAUAAAAGAAUUGUUGGAUACAAUACCUGAAAGAGUGUUAACUCGAGGUGUUUAUACAGAAGAAACAUUAAAAGACAGAUUUCUUAAUGUUGAAGAUAAAGCUUUUCAUAUGGCUUUAGUACCAGAUACCAAUGUGAAACUAUUUGAUUUGGUAACAUCAUUUAUAUUUACAAUUUUCACCUUUAAAUCGCCUGUACCAAUUUCUGAAGAAGAAUUAAACAAUGCUCCUAUAAAUGUUAAUGAAUUAAAUAAUAUCGAUAUUCUCCAACGAGCCAGGUAUUGUAUAGAACGAGACAAUUAUUAUCAGGCUUUGCAGUAUAUGCAUUUAUUAAAGGGAGGUGCUAAAAAAAUAGCUGAUGAUUGGAUGAACGAAACUCGUGACUAUUUAGCAACACAGCAAGCUGCUCAAACUCUUUUAGCUUAUGCAUCAGAGAGUUUACGAUCUCAUGUAGACAUUAAUGAUCAUCAACAUAAUGUGACAUUUUCUAAUUGAAUACAUUUUUGUUUUUGUUCAUAGGAUUAUUGUUAGUUUGCAAUUUAUUUGUGAGCAGAAUCUAAUGCAAAAUGUUUAUUAAUUAAAUUAACAAAUUAUACAGCUAUAGUACAGCUAAUUUUGUAUUAUUAAUUC